CUGACUAAUUCAGGGUUUUCGCGCAAUAUCCAAAAAAAAACCCUUUAGAGAUAGUAGCUAUGAAUGUGUCUUUUCCCAUGAGACUCUCUUGAUUAAUUGCAAUGAAAGCUAAAGUAUGUAUCUAAAGAUGUAUGACCAACUAUAGUAUUUAGAACAGGGUUAGGAAUAUCUCAGGUUCUUACAGGUUAUGGAUACCAGGUUAUAUGAACACUUACUUAUGUUUUUUUCAUUUUCCUUCUUUCCUGCAGUAAUCUAACAUUAAUUUGAUGAAGAUAUUUAACAUGCAUUUCAUUCAAUGCAUCAUCAUAGGACUCAGCCUAUUAUUAUGUAUCUAUCCCGCAUCUGCGGUGAAUAAAACGAUAAUGGUGAAUGAAAGUCACAUUACAGAGAACUGGCAAGAAGAAACUUCAAAUAAUACAAAGAGCCAUGAACUCUUCGCUGUAUUAAAUAUUACAGCAUUAAUUAUCUCAAUAUCUGCUUUUGUAAUGGUUGCAUUGCCAGGAGCAGUUGGAUGGUAUCUUUAUUACAAACUAAGGAAGAAGAUGGCAAUUCAUGAUGUAGAAAAAGCAAUGGAGGAUCCACAGCCUGUGAAAUUUACUUCAAAAAUAAGUUUGCGGUUAUCUAAAAACUGCUUUUGUAACAUGUUCAGGCUCCUCUGUAACAGAAUAAAGAAGAGGAAGACUAUCUGUGAUGAAGAAAGUGCAAUAGAUAAAUCACAGACUACGCCUAAACCAUCCAAACCUGAAACUAUUACAAGGAAUGAAGACAAAAAGCAGAAAAAGAAGAAGGAUACUAUGAAUAAAACUGUAGGGGAGGCAAUUGAAAUGCCAUCUGUACAACAAGAAACAAAUGAGCAAGUACAAACACCUGCACUGCCUAAAGAGAAAAAAUACAAGAAGAAGAAGCAGAAAAAGAAGAAGGAUACUAUUAAUAAAUCUGUGGGGGAGCCAAUUGAAAUGCCAUCUGUACAACAAGAAACAAAUGAGCAAGUACAAACACCUGCACUGCCUAAAGAGAAAAAAUACAAGAAGAAGAAGCAGAAAAAGAAGAAAGAUACUAUUAAUAAAUCUGUGGGGGAGCCAAUUGAAAUGCCAUCUGUAAAACAAGAAACAAAUGAGCAAGUACAAACACCUGCACUGCCUAAAGAGUAAGCUUAAGUCUAAAUAUUACUUUUUGUUUUAUGGUGUAAGAAUUGAUUCUUAGGGGCUGAUUUAAUAAUGCGUAAGACUUUGGCCUCAAGCAAUUCUCAUGGGGUUUCUGAAUUCGAAUGGCUCAGCUUGGUGA